AUGCAUCUCACUUCCAUACCCAAUGUAUUAUGCUAUUUCCUUGCCUGCGCCAACUUGUUCGCCUCAACGGCUUUUGGAGCACCGGUCGUCAAACGGCAAUCCGGCCCUGUGGUGGUGUCUCCAGGCGGUGUCAACGACAUCAAACUCACCCCGUUCAACACACUCAACGGUACUAAUCCCAAUGCCACAUUCCACGGACCUCCACAGCCAGAAGCCGCCGCCGGCCUUCGUCUGGACCUGGUGAACAACUACGGCUCCGGCACGAACGUGUACAUUACAGCUCUCGACACCUCAAACCGGGUCAUCAUCCUCACCCCGUCAGGGCAAUGGUACUACCCUACAUCCAGCUCGACGACCGUUCCACAGGCCAUCACCGAGGACAUUGCCAUCCCUCUCGGCAACCAAGGGCAGACCACCAGCCUCACACUCCCGGACUAUUUCAUCUCCGGCCGCGUGUACUUCGCCGCUGGUAACCUCGGAUUCUAUACCUUGGAAACGGCCUCCGGGGGUGUCACGUUGGUCAGCCCGGACCCGCAGAACCCUACCGACCCCUCGGCGGGAAUAUUCUGGGGCUUUGCCGAAAUGACCUACACCCAGGCCGGUGGACUGUACGCGGACAUGACUUUCGUCGAUUUUAUAGGCAUGCCCGUUGGGAUGCAACUCACCACCACCGACGGCAGCGGCACGCAGACCGUGAGCGGCGUGGCCCAGGGAGCCGUGUCGACGGUCUGCAACGACUUGACGCCUCGCGCCUCACAGGACGGCCAACCUUGGGACCAACUCUGUCAGUACGCUCAGUCUGGAGGUUCGCCUCUCCGCGCCAACUCUCCCGGCAAGUACAUUGCCGUUCACGGCGACGCGUUCAGUGAUUACUACGCCCCCUAUGUCCAGAGCGUGUGGUCGCAGUACGCCUCCGAGACGCUGACGAUCCAUUCACAAAACGCCGCCGUCGGGGACGUCCCGUGUUCCACGGCGUCCGGGUCGUUGGUCUGCCAGGGUGCGUCACGAUCGAUCCCCCAACCCAGCGCCCUCGACAUCUUCGGGUGCCAGGGGGUGUUUGGGCAGCAAGACGGCGACAACGACGUGACGCUCGCCGUCGUCCCGAGGAUGUGCGCGGCGUUGCAACGCACGACGCUGUUGUUGGCCGGCGGGGACGUCCAGCCCGGCCUGCCCGCCGGUGAUUAUUACACCACCAGCCCGACCAACCGGUACUCCCAGGCCGUCCACUCCGUGGAACUGGACGGCAAGGGUUACGCGUUUGCCUACGACGACGUGAACCCCGACGGUGCCCCGGACGCGAGUGGUGCCGUCGCGAGUGGGAACCCUGGUGUGUGGACUCUUUUUGUGGGAGGCGGGAGUUGAUUUGAAAAAAAGAAGGCCCUCUCUCUCUCACUCACUUUACAAUGAAGGUGGUCGGGGUUCGUCUUGUCGGGGGAAGAUACGUACAACACGUCAGUGAUGGCAAGAGACCCCAUUUCAAGAGUGUAAUGAGUCGGUUGUACGAGUAAAAACCUAACGAGUGUCUUUGAUCUGGAAGAUGCGAGAGACCGGGUCCUGCCGAAGGUCAUUCAUUUUAUAGUAUACAGACACUAAUACAGUAGAUGGUAG